UAACUGCAUAUAGGCGGAAUCCAGCUGUCAAUGAUUGUGUUUCGUAAGAAUGCUUAAAAAUUGUUAGUUUACAAUGGAUGGAAUGUGAUAAGGAAAAUACGUUUAGUGAUGAUUAUUUAAAAUUAUCCCACUUUUGAGACGGAGAAGUAAAAAAAGUUGACUUAAACAUACCUCGAAAUGUAAUUCGUGCUUACAACGAUAAGCUUCGGAAAUCAGGGCUAAGACGUUCUAUUAAUGUAAAUGCUAUGAAAUACAUUCGGUUUCAUUUUUGAGAGGUAAUCGUUGUUUAGAGGUGCGGUCUUUAAAGGAAAUUUGAAUGUUUUUUAAUUGAAUGUUGAAUUGUACUUACUCUAGGACAGAGAGAUGUCUCAAAUAAAGAAUUACCCGAAUACCCCUCAAGUAAAUUUACCUCAGCCGCAUGUGACCAUUCCAGACACAAGAUCUGACAAAUGCCGAUGCUCGGGUUGGUUACCUUUUGUUUCAGUUGGAAUAUGUGCAAUUCUUUUUCUGAUUCUCGUUACAACUUAUGGUGGAGCAAAAUUAUUUCCAGUUUCUAUAAAUAUAUAUGCUGGGCUUGUUCCUAUAGUUAAAAAAGGAUUUCUGCAAGUCCUACCAUUUGUGGUCGAAUCAAACAAGAGUAUUCCAGAUUCCCAUGUUAUAAAACUACCUCUUCAAAAAGCAGAAUUAACAGAAUAUAUUCAAAUAAUUGAUGGCCUGCUAAAAGGUUAUCCAGAAAAGCAUGAAGAGCCCUACAGGAACUGCUGGCUUCAAAAUCCAUCUAUUGAUCACCCGUGUUUUUACGAUCGAUCUUGGAUAACUGAAAUAUGCUCGAGAAACAACAGUUAUGGUUAUGAUUUAUACAGAGGAGAAUACAGUCCUUGUUUUCUCCUGAAAUUUAAUGACACCAAAGAUUGGAAGCCCCUUCUUCCAUUUUACCAAUCACUUACGGAAGAAUCUCUUGGAUAUCCUACCGAACGCUUAGAUCACGGAUUCAUACCAGUUAUCUGCAAAGCUCAGGAUAAGAGCAAGCCGAAUACACCCAUUGGAAUUGAUAUUUACCCUCCCAAAGGUUACUCAGUCCUUUAUUUUCCUCAAUCAAAGUUUGGAAGUUCUUACCUUUCUCCUGUUGUAACAGUCAAAGUAAAUGGUAUAAGAAGAAAAAGAAAUGUCACUGUUGAUUGUGCGAUUGUUACACCCAAUGCUUUUGAAUUAAACAACAAUGGAAGAAUAAGUAUAACAUUUUCCACAUCGUAAAUGAUGAAGAUUGAGAUUGACAUUCCAUCAUGGAAGCAGUGGAUAAAUUGGCUUCAUAAGAAAAAGCAAGCUAAGCGAACAUGAAACUAUUGUUUAGAAUGUCAGAGACGAAUGCAAAUAACCUUCAGACAUAAACUGUAAUUUAUUUUCUGUGUUAGUCCUAAAAAAUCUUUAAUCAUUAUUAGGAAUUGGUUUUCGACAAUUAUGGAAUUAGAAGUAAAGCAAAAGUGUGUGUAGA